UCUCAAUUCAACAACAUUCAUCCUCAUCUUGCUUACACCUUCUCUACCCUUCGCACCUUUAUUUAUCUACCGCUUUUUAUUUUUUCUGUAAUAUGAGAACAUCUGUAUGUCUACCUGCCUUUAUAACCCUUGCCCUGAGUGUGGCCAUCGCGAAGGCCACUGUCGAGCCUAUCCGUGGGGUUUCACCUUCUAAUGCCGAUCGAUACGUUCCUGAUAAAAAUGGACAAUGGAAAUGCCAGGAUGGAUUGAAAACAAUUCCUUUUUCGGCCAUUAAUGAUGACUAUUGCGACUGUCAAGACGGUUCAGACGAGCCUGGCACAUCUGCCUGUGGGACAUGGCCCUUUUACUGUAAAAACAUUGGCCAUGUGGGUAAUGAGAUCAAGUCAUCCCGAGUAAACGAUGGUGUCUGUGAUCCAGAAUGCUGCGAUGGCAGUGACGAAAGCGAUGGUCAAAUUCAUUGUCCUAAUAUCUGUGAAGAAGUCGGCACUCGUGCUAGAGAGGAGCAGGAAAGGAUUCAGAAGAUCCGUCGAAAUGGAAGCCGGCUAAGGAGACAGUACAUUCAACGCGGAAAAAACAUCAAACAGAAAAUGAUGAAGGAUUUGAGAGAUCUGAAGUCUAAAACAAAGCAGUUAGAAAACCAGACAGCUGCUGCGAAAAAAAAACUAGAGGCCGCCAAUGAGAAACAAGAAGCGUAUUUCGAAGGGUCAAAGAAAGAACGUGAAGCUACCCGCAAAACUCAAUUGGUGUCGUUCAUCAAGGAACAGAAAGUACGUCUAAAGCGUGCUCAUGAGAGCAGGGAAUUACUCUUUAACACUUUGAAAACCCUCAAGGAAAAUCACAAUAAGAAUUACCACGAUCUCAUCGUCAAGGACACAGUCGCUGGAUUCGAUGAAUACAUUACAGGUCAGGGAGAGGAUUGGAUGAGCACAAUUUAUGCAGGGGACAAGGACGGUGAUAAUGACAACAACAGCGAUGAAGUUGCUAUUGAAGGCUCCUCGGACAGUCAUUUCAAAGCACUGGUGGAAGAAACAAACAUCAUUUUGCGAGAAAUCGGCUCCUUGUUCGAUCUGCUCGAUAGUAUGCGACUUGAUUAUAACAAGGAAUAUAAUGAUGAGGCGGUCCUGGCAGCUGUCAAGGUUACUGAGGAUUUUGAAGCCAUUUGGAACCUGGAUCGCCAAGAGUUCAAGGGCGAAGAGCCAUUAGAGAUCCCUGAGGAGGAGCAAGGAGACACUCCGGAGGCACUAAGGCUGAAAGAAGAAGUGACUUUGGCACAAGAGGAAUAUGAUACGGUAUCAAACGAGGAACGAGAAGUGAGCGAACGUAUCACCGAUAUCGAGAAAAAAAUGAAGAUGGACUUUGGUCCAGAUGAGACUUUUGCUGAGCUUCUAGACCAAUGUUUCGAAUAUAAGGAUAUUGAGUACAUCUACUCAAUCUGUCUUUAUGGUGGUGCACACCAAAAAUCAUCUACGACAACCUCUCUUGGCACAUUCGCGGCAUGGGAUACUGAGACAGAUGUUCCAUACACUGUCCAGCAUUAUACGCGUGGCGACAAGUGCUGGAAUGGGCCUGAACGCUCUGUUAGAUUCGAGAUGAACUGUGGUGAAACUAAUGAGAUCAUCUCUGUAUCAGAGCCAGCCAAGUGUGAAUACUUAAUCAAGUUUCAAACACCUGCUGUGUGUUCUCUAUUGGCCGAUGAUGAUGCUGAUAUCGAUGAUCAAACAAAAGGAGCAAAUGAAGCACCUGUUGUCGCAGCACCGGGCUCUGUCAAGAACAAGGAUAGCAAGAAUAGUCUCAACACACAUAAGGAUAGCAAGGAUGGUCCUAAAGCACAUGAUGAACUCUAGACAAAGACAUCUAUAAUACACGUACAGCAUAAAAAAAGACGUAGUGUUGCGAAAGAGAGCAAGACUGAGAAGACUAUUUUUUUCGAAGUGAGAUGAGACAGUCAGUUCUUGGGUUGGUGUUGCAUUAAGAGAGAAAUGGAAUUGACUUUUUACUUAUCAGAUCAAAAUGGCUCUUUGGAUAAUGAGCUUUUUUUUUGGGAGGGUCCCACUCCUAUAGACUAUAAACUGUACAUGUACAAGUUUUUGGGACUAGAUUUAUACUAGGCUAAACUUCGUUUAUCCAUUUUAGUCUUGACCGUCGUUGAAAUAAAUCACAGCAUAAAGUGUGAAAGAGCUCUGGCGGGACCUGAAAUACG